AUGAUUAGCAGCCAAAACCAACGUCGCUCCAGCUCAGGUUGGGAUCCAAAGCAAUCUGAGCGUCGUCGCUCCUCUAUCAAGGCCCUCGCUAAGCCUUCGGUCCAGCAAAGACCAUCGAAGCCAGAAGGCCCAAAUAUCCCUGCAGACAAGAUCAAAAUGAUCAUCUCCGACGUUGAUGGUACUCUCUUCGACGAUGACCACGGUGUUCACCCAAGAGUUAUUGACUGUUUCAAGUGGUUGAGAGCCAACAAGCCUGAAAUUCCAAUUUUGCCAGUUACUGGUAAACAAUUGGUAUCUAUCAAUGAUAUGCGUAUCGAAUGUGACCUCCUCGAUAUGCCAGUUGGUGCCUGUCACGGUGCUAUUAUUUACAACCCAGACGGCACCGUCCAAUCUCAACAAAAGAUCAACAAAAACACCGUCUUGUCUGUUGUUGACAUGAUGAUGAAGCACAACAAGACCUGUAUGCUUUACGAGCACGACAAGGUCCACUGUGUCUCUUUGGAAGAGAGGCCAGACAAGGAUUUCUUCGAAAUCUCAAAGGGUUUCGAUCCUUCAAUUUCUGACAAGAGAGGCACCGACUUCUUAGAAAAAGUUGAUAAGGAGGAAGUCGUCAUCUGCAAGAUUUUCUGUCCAAUGGAGGAAACCGUCAUUGAAGACUUCAUGACUCUCCUUCUCCACGAGCCACGUUUCCCAAGAGACUCAUUCAAGUUGACUCGUGCACUCCCAUACAUUAUUGAGUUGUGUCCACCAGGUGUUGACAAGGCUGUCGCAUUGGCUCACUUCUGCAAGGUUUACGGUAUUGCACCAGAAAACACAAUAACGUUCGGUGACGGUGAGAACGACGUUGGAAUGUUCAAGGCUUCAGGUUUCUCUUGUUCUAUGGGUAACGCCAUGAAGGCACCAAGAGAAAACUGUACACACAGAACUCUCACCAACAACGAAGGUGGUGUUGGUGUCUUCCUUGACUCCAUCUUCAGACCAGAUUACCAACCACCAAAGGAUCAAACCAGUGCUAUCGAGUAG